UUGUGACUCAAAUAUAGACGUAUUUAUAUUUGUGGAUGUAUAACAGUGACUCCACUCUGAGUAGAGUAGAAGGUUAACCCAUCUUAUUAAACUUGCACUGACGCCUGAUAAACUCCGACCCUCAGCACAUAUUGUUGAUGAGGUGCUCUCUACAUAUAUUUAGAACACAUGUUUAUAACACUUCUUAUUUGAGUGGUCAUGCCAUCAUCGGGCACUUUCCAACAUUAAUCCACAUCUAUAUCAUUACUGGGGUUGUCUUGCUUAUGGAUUUCAAACUUGAGGGAGUUGUACUGAACGUUACACAUUAACCAAUAUGCUCAACUUCAUGUGUUGACUUUACAACCAAAGAGAUAAUGACAGAGUAGGCAUAAUAAACUCUCUCAAGUAUUUGACCCUGGCCCACAAAGAGACACUUUGGGGACAGAGGAAGAGUUCGGAGGGAACACAAUGAACUGUGAAAUCUGAAGAAGCACCAGACAGAGUCAAACUAACUUAGUGUAGGCUGAGAAAUGUAUUGAAACAAGUCAAAAUACACUUUUUCGAGUUAGUAACAAACAGAGUUAGAGAGAAAACCAUAGUGGCUGUAGUGAACCAGAGGCUGUUGGAGAGGACAAGUCCAGGUCAGGCUGGAUCAGAUUGUGUGUUAGCUAGGGUGUAGUUUGACAGAGUAAGAGAUGUUGUCUGGAGGUAGUGUAUGGGGGACUCUGCUGAUACUGUCCUGUGCUCUCAAGCUCUCCUUGACACAGGAUGAACACAUGAACAACGCACUGAGGCUAAUGUCAGAGACACCACUGAUUGAUGGCCAUAAUGAUCUGCCCUGGCAGUUGAGGAUGAAGUUUAACAACCAGCUGAACAAAGUGGAUCUGUACACCCUCAACAACACACACACCAACAUCCCCAAGAUCAGGGAGGGACGACUGGCAGCACAGUUCUGGGCAGCAUAUGUACCAUGUGACACUCAGUACAAAGACGCAGCCAGACAAACUCUGGAGCAGAUUGACGUCAUCCACAGAAUGUGCAUGAAAUACCCAGAAGCCUUCAUGUUUGCUACCAGCAGCAAAGAUAUCGUGGAUGCCUUUAGUCAGAACAGGACAGCCAGUCUGAUCGGGGUGGAAGGAGGACACUCUUUGGACAGCAGCCUGGGAACCCUGCGUACCAUGUACCACCUGGGGGUCCGCUACCUCACCCUCACCCACAGCUGCAACACACCAUGGGCAGAUAAUUGGCUCGUGGAUUCGGGAGCCGAGCCAUCGCAGCACAAUGGACUGUCUGAGUUUGGCAAGCAACUGAUAUUUGAGAUGAACCGCAUUGGGAUGUUGAUUGACUUGGCCCACGUGUCAGAGAACGUGAUGAACCAGGUUCUAGACCUGUCCAAAGCCCCAGUCAUCUUCAGUCACUCCUCUGCCUACGCUGUGUGCCCACACAAGAGGAACGUGCCUGACGAUGUCCUGAAGAAGGUGCAAAACAAAAAAGGAAUUGUCAUGGUGAACUUUUACAACGACUAUGUCACAUGCAGCAAUACAGCCAACCUAUCACAGGUGGCAGAUCACUUUGACCACAUAAAGAAUGUGGCUGGACACAGUAUCAUUGGUUUUGGUGGGGAUUAUGAUGGAGUGGGCAGGGUACCGGGGGGGCUGGAGGACGUGUCUAAGUACCCUGCUCUGGUGGCAGAGCUGCUGAGGAGAGGAUGGACAGAUGCUGAGGUGAAAGCUGCUCUGGGAGACAACCUGCUCAGAGUGUUCAGAGAGGUGGAGCGUGUACGAGACAGCAUGAAGGGUACGGCCCCAGAUGAUCUGCCCAUCCCUUAUGAAGAAGUGAAAAACGACUGCAGGACCAGCUACGGCUACCCUGUCCCCAACCCAGACAGUGCUGGGACGAUUCUCUCCCUCAGCCCUCUGGCCCUGGUACUAACACUGACUCUGAGUAGCCUGCUCUCCUGGUCUCUAUAAGGCCCCUCUACAUAGACCAUGCUGGGUGUGAUGUUAUGUCUAUGGCAGUAGGCUGCCCAAGGCAUAGCUGGACCUUACCACUUGAGUUCUGUGGUCACUUCAUCUUUCACAAGUUCUGUUGGUGAUGUAGUCCAUUAACUGUGUUUGAAGGAUUUGUACAAUGAAAUGUUAACAUGAGUAAACCAGUAAAUUCUUCUGAAACGGUGUUAUACACAUCACUGUUGACCUUAUACCAAGUAAAUCCAUGACCAGGCAACUUUACAUUUUAGAGUUGAAAUUGAACGGUUAAAUGUGGCCCUCAAUAAACAAAUAAUCAGGAACAUUGUGUAAAGCACAAGUAUUUUGGGGGGUAUAAUAAUAAACAUCUAAUAACUCGA